AUGUCCUCUACUACGUACAAUCCGGCCAACUAUGUCAGCUACGGCCCCGACACCAACUGCACCCUUGCAGUAUGUCCCCUAGAUGCCAGUGUCCUGGGAUAUCGGCCCGCUCCCGCGGCCAGUGGCAUCUUCCUCGCCUUCAUCAGCCUGUCCAUGAUUAUCCACGCUGUCCAGGGCAUCGUUUGGCGCCACACAUUGCGCAGCUUUGCCAUACCCAUCAUCAUCGGCUGCAUUGACGAGAUCAUCGGCUACGCCGGACGCGUCGUCCUUUAUAACAACCCAUUCAGCUUUAACGGCUUCAUCAUCCAGAUCGUCUGCAUCACCACGGCCCCCGUUUUCAUCUGUGCCUCCAUCUAUGUGACGCUAGCUCGAACCAUUGAGUACAUGGAUGCCGGUUUGGCCCGCUUCCACCCCAAGUACUUCUACUGGUUCUUCAUUCCCUGCGACAUCGUCUCGCUCGUCUUUCAGGCUGCUGGCGGCGCCUUGUCGUCCAUCACCAGCGGCGGGAAUCAGACCGGCGUCAACCUGUCACUUUUCGGCCUGGCCUUCCAGGUCUUCACCCUGGCCAUCUUCAUCGGCUUUGCCGGCGACUACCUCGUACGCUACUUCGUCGCGAGCCAUGAUGGCAAAGAGGCUGAGAUCCGCGCUGCUCCACGCACCCGGCUUCGCAUCUUCCUUGUCUUCCUGACCGCUGCCGUCAUCUUCAUCCUCGUCCGUUGCAUCUACCGUAUCGACGAGCUGAGCGAUGGCUACACCGGUCCCAUGAUUCGCAAAGAGGGGCUUUUCUACGGACUUGAGAGCGUAAUGAUCACUCUCGCUCUCCUUUGCCUCAACGUCAGCCAUCCAGGCUUCGGCUUGAAGCAUGAAGCGUCUUCUCUAAAUUUUCAAAUGGCCGAUGUGAGCUCGUCGGCAUAG